CGAGAAGGCGGCCGAGCUCGUGGGGGUCCCGCGCGGCGCCCGCGACCCCCGGGCAUGGGCGCCCCUGCGGUGCGGCGCUCCCCGCAGCCGGUGGGGGUGCCAGCCCGGAAGGCGGGGGUGGAGAGGCGAGCGGAGCUCACCAGGCCAGGGAACGGGUUCCAGGAGUUCGGGAGCUCGGCUGCCAGGAUGCCGCCGGGAGGGACCGGGAUUGCCAGAUGCAACUUCUUCGUGGGACCGAGUGGAGAAACCGAGGCCGGAGAGGGUCUCGUGGAGUCGGAAGCGGACCUGGGACUGGAAAUGCUCCAGUGGUGGCCUUUACAGUGAAGCCUCAACCAUGGACAGAGGCCAGCUCCAGCCCCUCCCUGGUGUCCGGCUCCUUUUGCCAGGCCCUGAAGAUCCAGAGGAUGGUUUGAGUAUUGCCCAGGGUCUGUCCGUCCAUCCAGAGUGGGCUCCCUGAGGCCGCCGGGAAGGGCCCCCAGCCGGGCCUGGGAUUGUCCUCCCUCCGUGCAGCUGCCCACGAUGAGUCAAAGCAGAUUGUGAGGAGGAAACUGAGAUGCCCUGUAUCCAAGCCCAAUAUGGGACACCAGCACCAAGCCCAGGACCCCGUGACCACCUGGCAAGUGACCCUUUGACCCCCGAGCUCAGCAAGCCCACCAUGGACCUGGCCAGCCCCGAGGCGGCUCCCACUGCGCCCACGGCCCUGCCCAGCUUCAGCACCUUCAUGGACGGCUACACGGGGGAGUUUGACACGUUCUUCUACCAGCUGCCGGGAACAGCCCAGCCACCCUCCUCAGCCUCCUCCUCGGCCUCCUCCACAUCCUCGUCCUCAGCCACCUCCCCUGCCUCUGCCUCCUUCAAGUUCGAGGACUUCCAGGUGUACGGCUGCUACCCCGGCACCCUGAGCGGCCCGCUGGAUGAGACCCUGUCCUCCAGCGGCUCUGACUACUACGGCAGUCCCUGCUCAGCCCCGUCACCACCCACGCCCGGCCUCCAGCCACCCCAGCUCUCUCCUUGGGACGGCUCCUUUGGCCCCUUCUCACCCAACCAGACUUACGAAGGCCUGCGGGCAUGGACAGAGCAGCUGCCCAAGGCUCCGGGGCCCCCCCAGCCGCCGGCCUUCUUUUCCUUCAGUCCCCCCACCGGCCCCGGCCCCAGCCUGGCCCAGAGCCCCCUGAAGCUGUUCCCCUCGCAGGCCACCCACCAGCUGGUGGAGGGAGAGAGCUAUUCCAUGCCCACGGCUUUCCCAGGCCUGGCGCCCACUUCUCCGCACCUGGAGGGCCCGGGGAUGCUGAGUGCGCCCGUGACCUCGGCCAAGUCCCGGAGUGGGGCCCCGGCCGGAAGCGAGGGCCGCUGCGCCGUGUGUGGGGACAAUGCUUCGUGCCAGCAUUACGGGGUCCGCACCUGUGAGGGCUGCAAGGGCUUCUUCAAGCGCACAGUGCAGAAAAAUGCCAAGUACAUCUGCCUGGCUAACAAGGACUGCCCUGUGGACAAGAGGCGGCGAAACCGCUGCCAGUUCUGCCGCUUCCAGAAGUGCCUGGCUGUGGGCAUGGUGAAGGAAGUUGUCCGGACAGACAGCCUGAAGGGGCGGCGGGGGCGGCUCCCUUCAAAGCCCAGGCAGCCCCCAGAUGCCUCCCCUGCCAAUCUCCUCACUUCCCUGGUCCGGGCGCACCUGGACUCAGGGCCCAGCACAGCCAAGCUGGACUACUCCAAGUUCCAGGAGCUGGUGCUGCCCCACUUUGGGAAGGAAGAUGCCAGGGACGUGCAGCAGUUCUACGACCUGCUCUCGGGGUCCCUGGAGGUCAUCCGCAAGUGGGCCGAGAAGAUCCCCGGCUUUGCGGAGCUGUGCACAGGCGACCAGGACCUGCUGCUGGAGUCGGCCUUCCUGGAGCUCUUCAUCCUCCGCCUGGCCUACCGGUCGAAGCCAGGCGAGGGGAAGCUGGUCUUCUGCUCCGGCCUCGUGCUGCACCGGCUGCAGUGCGCCCGGGGCUUCGGCGACUGGAUCGACAGCAUCCUCGCCUUCUCUCGGUCCCUGCACAGCUUGGCUGUCGACGUCCCCGCCUUCGCGUGCCUCUCCGCGCUUGUCCUCAUCACAGACCGGCACGGGCUGCGGGAGCCUCGGCGGGUGGAGGAGCUGCAGAACCGCAUCGCCAGCUGCCUGAAGGAGCACGUCUCGGCUGUGGCGGGCGAGCCCCAGCCGGCCAGCUGCCUGUCCCGCCUGCUGGGCAAGCUGCCCGAGCUGCGGACCCUGUGCACCCAAGGCCUGCAGCGCAUCUUCUACCUCAAGCUGGAGGACUUGGUGCCCCCUCCGCCCAUCGUCGACAAGAUCUUUAUGGAGACGCUGCCCUUCUGACCCCAGCCUCGGGACAUGUGUGCACCGUGUGCGCACGCCCCCACGCCACCCCACGUGCCUUGAGCCCAUGGACCUUGGAUUCCCCCGGAGCACCGCCCCCGCCGGGGCUGGAGCUGCAGACUGACUGGCCCCCUCACCUGCUCGGGGAGCUCACCCCCUGGAAGAGGGGGGUGCCUUCGUGGGGGAGACCCCUUCUAUUUGUCUUACCCCCCAUCCCAGCCCUGGCCUUCAUGUUUUUGUAAGAUAAACCAUUUUUAACACACACCGCUGUGCUGUAAAUAAGCCAAAUGCUGCUGUAAAUACAGGAAGGAAGAGGUUGAGGUUGGGGGGAGGGUGAGAGGGAGGGAUGGGACCCACCAACCUGGGCAAGCCUUUCCCAGUCUCUUCCUGCUGACUCUCUCUUGCCACCUCCUUCCACAUGUACAUAAACUCACUCGAGGAGGAAGACAGGUGACAGAUUCUGACAUUUAUAUUUGUGUAUUUUCCUGGAUUUAUAGUAUGUGACUUUUCUGAUUAAUAUAUUUAAUAUAUUGAAUAAAAAAUAGACAGGUAGCUGAAA